AUGAUGUUGAAAGAAAAAGAACAACUUAAUCAAGAUUUAAUCAAACAAAAGAAGCAGUUGGCAGACUAUAUGAGUUCGCCAGUCGAGUUGACGCCCCUUUUCGCUACCUGGGUGCCGGGUGAUGUCAAAGUAUGUGCACUCGUUGUCAUCAUAGAGGACAUAGAAAAGAGGGAAACAAAAAUGGAGCUUAUUGUGAAUUUGAAGAAUGUGUUUGUUGGCUUCCACUAUUCUGGUCAGGAAAAGCUUCAUCCAGAGUUUAAAGUUGAAAAACGCGAGGUAUUGUUUACCAAAGUCAAACUUUUUGCUGAUCAUCAGAUACUGAAUUCAGUUCCAUAAAAAAUUGCCUAUUAACAUGUUUAUACUUUAUGAUAUUUUUUUUCUUUACAUGAUGCGGAGAGAAAAAAGUGUCAGAAAUAUUAAAGCGAAAAUUCGACAAAAAGAAGACUGUGGAAAGUUUGAUAUUUCAUUCAAAUGUCCAACUUGUUUCACUUUUGCACCAUCUGUCAGUGAUUCCUCAGGAACUACUGUCAAAUGCUUCCUUCCGUCAAUAUCACAUACCCCCAACAUCUAAAAUGUUUAUCUAUAAAUUCAAUAUGUUGCAACACAUUAUCUGUUGUUUUAUAAUGGCACGACCAAUAUGUAAUUUGGGAUCUAUUUGCCUUUUUUCUUCAAAUGUCAAAACUACUUUUCUGACACCAUGUUCAGUUAUUUGUAAAUCUAAGUUCCCGCGUCUUUAUUACUGUAUUACAUGUUUGCGUUUAAUAAGUAUUAAUUCUUCAUAUAAUUAAAACUCAUAAGCUAAAUUUAUAUUUAUAGGAAUUUACUGCAAUGAACUGUUAUGUCUCUAUUGCCAAGGAGAUUUCUAUAUACAUUUCACCGAUUGAUCCUUGGAGUUUUUAUUCUAAAAGAUAAAAUUUUGAUUUAUCAUGGGAACAUUUCGAAAACAAUGUAAAGUGUGGAAAAAUAAUAUAAACAUACGCUUUGAAUAAAAAACAUUGAAACUUUGUUUGAUGAUUUUCAACUUCCGUUCGGGUCAUGUGCACGCUUGGUUUAACGUGAUUGGUCAACAGUAAUUUAAGAUCAAAUGUGAUUGGCUAAUAUUCUAAGGAAGUUUCAAAGUUCCUGAGGAGCAUUUUGAGGAACUGCUCAAAUGUGUUCCUUCAAGUUAGGAAAUGAAUUGAUCAACAUUUUUCGGAACACUUCUAGUGGCACAACUGUAAAUGAUUUUUCAAUGUUUCUUUCAUUGAAUGAAACAGGCUGUAAUCUGGGGAGGUAUGCAAAACUGAAGUAUGGUAAUGUGGAGAAGAAAAAAAUUACGUAACGUUCAUACCUAUCAUUUGUAUCAAUACCAUAGCAAUAGCGAACCGUUUUAAAGACAAGCGUCAACAUCAGUGAAAGGUAGCACAGCUACAGCAAUCAUCAUCUCCAGCAUCAUCAUUAACAUCUUCUUGGAGUGCUGAAAAGAAAUGGCAAAAUCAAGAUGUUCUCAGUAUGUCAUACAUACUAAUAUUGUAAAAUAUUGUCAGUUAUAGGAAUUUAUCUACUUAUAGUAUAGUACAGUAUAUAUUUAUCCAUGGGGUCCUUACCUAGUGGUUUCACACUGCUGUAACGUUAUCUUUGACACUUAGAUAAGGUUAUUCUUACUACUAUUAAGACUUUAUGGCAGAAACAGAAGAAACGUGCCAGGAGUACAUCCAGUAUAUGAAAAAGGAGAUGGCGAAGUUGAAAAAUAAAAAAAUGCCUGGGAUCAAGGGAUCAAGGAAUCAAUGGACGCCACCUUUCAUAUCAGCAGACAAGUUAUCCUCACAAGUCCGACUACUUUGACAGUAUUGUUAUUGGACUAUCCAGCUUUGAGGAUGGUGUCUCAUGCAACCUAUAACAAAUUGCUACAGUAGCGAACUAUAACUACUUUUAUAUCAGAUAAAGAUCAACUGCUCAUGUUUUAUCUAGUACAUGCAGGUCUUUUAAGUCUUUGAAGUAAUAUUUCAAAUCCGAGCAAUGGCAUCUAGGUUCAAAAAGAGGAGAUUUGGAAAUCCUCAAAGCGUGGAGGAAACAUUGACAACAUCCGAAAUACUAUUCCACAAACAACUUGUUAUAAAAAUUGUUGGGGAGUUUGUAUAUAUUUGACAAUUGGCAAGAAAAUAAAACAAUCAUGUGUGAGAGCAAUCCUUUCUGCUUAGAUUUGCAGAAUGUGGAGACAGAUUUGUGUUCAAUGAUGGCAAGUGUGAUUUAAAAAGCAACAUUCAGAAAUUGUUAUAUAUAAUUAUGUGAAGUGUGUAACUUAUAGUUUGAAGUGUUAUUGAAUGUUUUUGUGUUUAGAAGUUAUUUUUAAAUACAGCUUACUGUAUUUAGAAAUAAUUCUAAACAUAGCAAUUAAAUAUAUAUUUGCAUAAUCGUUUGUUUACCCCUCAAUUUUCCUAUUAUUCAAAGUUCUUCCCUCUUGUAGUAAUUAAGGGAAUAGCUUUUCCACAGAUAACGAUUAACAUCGGAUACUUCAGAAUUAGAAUAAAUGUAUUUGCCACUACUUUAGGAUGAGAACUGACCAAAAUAUUAACUUGCCAAUUCCCAGGACUUUAGUAAUAGAUGAAAAAUGUGCAGAUUUUUCCAAUUCACACAAUUGAAUAUUAAUGUGAAGAUUUUUAUUGUGUAAAUAUUAAACUACAAGACUAUAAGUAUGUUUGUCGUUUUCAACGGUACGGCUUUCAGUAGAGUCUGCUCAUGUAUCAAUACUAUUUUAUGUGAAUUUGAAAAAAAACUAUUUUAUGUGAAUUUGAAGGAACUGUAGAAUCGCUGGAGAGAGUGUUGGAGUCCUAUGUAUUAAUAUCUUCAACCUUAUUCAUACACUCCCAAACACAUGACAGAAGUAAGGAACACAAGAGGUUCCUCCACUAAUGUUAAGUGCUUUUAUUAACGUUAUGAGACAUUUCUGUUUGUAGGAGUUUUAUAAACAUAAGUGUACGGGCCUGAUAUCUUUCGGGGGGGGGGGCACUUGAACGUUUGCCCAAAUUUUUGUCAAAUAUUGAAAUGAAAUGACCACAAUUUAAUGUAUUUUGUGGUAUAUUGUCACAAACUACCUUCAUUUUUCAUGGCAUUUGCCUGAAUUUCCAUGGUUUACCAUUUUUUGGGGGAGGCGCAGUUGCCCCCUGUCUCGUACGCCUGUGUUUAUAAAGUAACAUCAAAUGAGUUUGAAUUAAGUCAGCUAGACACAUUAAAUGCUGUUGCUAUGGCAAUAAUGACUUUUAAUAUGGUGGAUAUUUUUCUUUUAAAGUAAUUUAAAACGAAUUCGGUGACCCACAUUUUUUUUCAUAAAAUGCUUUCUUAUAUUAUAUUCGAAAUUACUUUAAAGCGAAAAUAUCUUCCAUACUAAUACGUCAUUGUUGCCAUAGCAACGGCACUUACGCGACUUUAGUUAUAAAAUUCAGACUCUUUUGAUGUUACUUUAUAAAACCCACACACUCUUUGUUUGGUUACAUUUUCAUGUCACACAAUCACGAAAUACGAUUGGUUAGAACUUAGGAGGUUAGGGAUAACCCUUUGUUUUCCAAAAAGUAAUAACUGUCCAAAAUAUCAGACAUAAAUUGGAAACUACCCAUUUUUGAAAGUAUUGUAUUGAGGCUGUUUUGGGGGUUUUCCCUUGCUCUGGGGUUUUCUCUUGCUCUGGCAGAAAAAAAUAUACACGGAAAAUAACAAGCAGGGCUGCUAGUAACUGUUACAUCAAAGACACUUAAUUCCGAUUACUCUCAAUGAACGAAUGAAGGAAUUUCCAUAUUUAAUUACUCCUUUUAUGCUUAUAUCUUGCAGCUCCACCAGUUUUUGAAGAUAAUAAAGAUCAUGUGCCGAUUACUUUUUUUUGGUAACCCAUUAACAUUGAGAGCAGUGAAAUUAGACAUUGCUUGCAUGGAUCACAAAAGGUAUACCUUUAUACAAAUAAGAUUUAUAAAGGUCAUUAGGGGCUAAUUUUCUUGUUGUGUACUAUAAAGCUUCUUACCAACCAGUUUCCCUGAAAAAGUUAAAGUGAAAUUUUCCUCUUCAGGACUCGAGAGGAGGUAAAAAGAUAGAAAAAGGAGCCAAUAAGCAUGACUUAUGGCAGCAACAGCAAAUCCUACCAAAAAUUCCAACAUAG